AUGCUUUUCUCCCAAGCCCUCUUCUUCUCUUCGCUCAUACUUCUGGCAAGUGCCCAAGGGGAUGCUGUCUUCAAAGGUCUCCCGGGCCAGGGCCGGAGCAGGACGCCAACAUCCACCAGCAAGCUCAUGUCGCGGCGAGAUCUAGAGAAGCGCUGCGUAGGAACCUGCGAAGAAUGCUUCGGAGCCGGUUAUACACUUUGCCCCGGAAGCGACAUCUUCUGCUACUUGCCUGGAGAUGCGACCUAUGGCUUGGAUUCUUGCUCCUCCGACGGUUCCGACGGCUCCGACAGCGGGCUCGUUACGACUUCUACUGCGUCUGCAUCGGCACCGACUUCAACCAGUACCAGCGGCGUCGACGACCUUUGUUACCAGACCGGAGCGACUUGUGUGUCAUGCUUUGGCCCCGGUUAUCUUGAAUGCCCGGAUGGAUACCACUGCUACAAUCCAUCGGAUCCUUCGUAUGAUACCUGCCCCAGCGAUGGCUCAAGUUCGAGCGGCAGUGACAACGGCAACUCCACCACACCUAGCUGCAGUGAUCUCUACGGUGACGGAAAUAUCCCUUGCGGCACAGAUUCGUGCUAUGAUCCGGACGCCGGCGAAUCUUGUUGCGCUGGAGGAUACUACUGUGACGCAGGAUAUACAUGUUCGAGCACUCUCGGGAAAUGCGAUUAUGGCAGUGGCGGCUCCUCAGAAGGCUCCUCUUAUGAUACUACGACAUCCAACUACAUCUAUGCGACCCCUACCGAUGGCUUGGUUUACAGCACUCCAAGCUCUGUUGCGACCACCACCAGCAGCGACUCUUCGUCUAUACAAACCGGUGUCAGCCAACUCUCUGACUCGAGCGACGCCAGCUCUCUCUUGGUCGCCAAGGGUCUGUUGAUCGCAGCUGGCGUUGGUGCAUGGGUGCUGUAG